AUGGCCGGGGCUCCGUCGAGCAAAGGACGCGAGCGAGCCAUGAACAAGUAUCUAUUGACAAAAUCCCAUCUCAUCGCUUCUCGCGUUGCAAAAGGCCCACCGGCUCUGACACCCAACACGCAGAGUCUAGCCAUUGCCCGGCGCAACCAGCAAUCAUCCCGCCUCCUGCGCCUCCCCCCCGAACUCCGCAACCGCAUCUACGAGCUCGCCAUGGAAACACACAAUCCCGCCCUCCACACCACGGACCUCGCCUGGGAACGCCUCUCCCUCUCGCGCACCUGCCACCAGAUCUUCGCCGAAACCGCGAUGCGCUAUCAUGUGGUGAAAUUACUGCCGAUCGCAAAUAUGGUGCACCACAUGUGUCACCUGCACCGGGAUUUGCAUGUUGUCAAGCUGUUGGCGCCAUCGCAGAGACGUGCGAUCCGGGCUUUUGAGGUGGGUUGGGAGCACGCGGCGGUUUUGCUGCAGACGAGGUGUAAGUGGAUUGAGAAGGGGGGGUUUGUGAUUGAGAUGGAGGAAGGGGUGUGA